CUGGCGGCCAGGUGCGGCGCCCGGGUGGUGCUGUCCGACAGCGAGGAGCUGCCCCAGUGCCUGCGGACCUGCCGGCGGAGCUGCCUCCUCAACAGCCUGCCCCACGUACCUGUCCUGGGGCUCACCUGGGGGCGGGUGUCUCCCGAGCUGCUCUCUCUGGCACCCGUAGACAUUAUUCUAGGAUCGGAUGUCUUUUUUGACCCAAAAGACUUUGAAGAUCUUUUAACUACAGUUUACUUCUUGCUGGAAAAGAAUCCACAUGCUCAAUUCUGGACUACUUACCAAGUUCGAAGUGCUGACUGGUCUAUCGAAGCUCUGCUCUGCAAAUGGAAGCUGAAGAGUAUCAACGUUCCCUUACACUCCUUCGGGGCAGACCAAGAGCACUUAGCCAGCUCCUCCCUGCCAGGAAGACACACCAUUGAAAUGAUGAUUAUCUCACUAGCGGAGUCAGAUGCCACUUAA